AUGGCCGACGGACUCAACGAUGCCAGAGCCAUCCGCAUAGCCGAGAUCAUGACCGACUUCCGGAACCUGCAGCACUACAUCGCCCAGAUCCGCGUCUCGCCCGCCCCCGACGAAUUCUAUCUCCAGGGCUACACCCUCGUCCGCCAGUGCCACGCCGAGGCGCAGGCCAUCCUCAACGCCCCCUUUGACGCCAACACGUCGCCCGGCGAGAGCGUCGAGCAGCAGAAGACCCUCCUCAAAGCAGUCCUCCUCGAUUCCAGCAUUCGCCGGUUCCGCUGCCAGCGCGUGUACCUCCGCGCCACGGCGGCCAUGCGCUGGAUCAACUCGCGCGGCGCGCUGUUGCGCGAGGAGGGCGCCAGCGCCGAAGCGCUGCAGAAGGUGGACGAGUCCCUGCAAUCUGAGCUUGCAAACAUCACGGACGAGUACGUCGAAUACAGCCUCCGGUCCGAGGAUGCGCAGCAGGGCAAAUGGCUCCACGAGGACCCCGGGCUCGCCGUGAUCCAGCAGUGUCUGUUCGAGUAG